CAUAUUCCAUCAUCAUCAUCAUUGAAUUCAGCAGCAUAAAUUGAAGAAUCUACAAAACAAAAACAAACAUAAACAUAAACAUGAAGCAAUCAAUCGCUAUCGUCAUAUUGUUGUUGAUUGGUACAACAUUAGCAUUGAAAAAAACCAAAGAUUGUGAUGUUGAAAAACCGAUUCGUGAAUGUCUCAAGAAUGGCCUGCUCCGUUAUUCCGAUGGACAGAAAAUCAAUCAAUUUCCUGAUUCAAUUGAAGAUUUAAAUCGUGCUUGUGAAGAAUUGAAAAAAUCUGAAACAUGUGCUCGAAAUUUCAUUGAUACUUGUACGGAAACUAGCUAUGAAAAACGAUCACUAGAUUCAUUAUUGGAUGGCAUUCAACGUGUACUGAAACGAUUAUGUCGUUCACAAAGUAAAAAAGAACAAUUACUUCAAAAUGUUGGCUGCGCCAAUUCAGUUGUACAAGAUACUAAAUUAUGUUUGAAAAAUUAUCGAAUGUUGGUAUUUGCUGCAAAUAAAUUGAACGAUAAAAGUAAAAUUAUGCGCAUAUUGUGCUGCAAAAGCCGAAAAGUGGCUCCAUGCAUUGGUGAAGCAAUGAAAUCCAAAGGCAAUGCUGUCUGUUCAGCCAAAAAUAUUGAUUAUUUCCGUGAAAUGCAUCAAAAUAUUAAAGCAGAAAUGACGGCUGUUGUAUGUUCAGAUUUUGAACGUGAUCAAUGUGAAAAUGUUGAAGUACCGGCUAUUACUGAAGCUGAAUAUAAAGAUCAAAAUAUUUUCAAUCCAUUACGUGAUUUAUAUAAAAAAGUUAUCCUUGCUUGAAAAAACAAAUCAGAAUUUUUGAUUAUUACCAUAUAUAUUUCAAUAAUGAUUUGAAUCAGGCACAAAAUAUUACCCAAACUCAGUGGAUCAAUAUAUAACAAUAGAAUGCAGAAUUUUAAAUUCCAUGUAUUGAAAUUAAUUGAAAUGAAAUUAAUUGAAUUUUAA